AUGGCUGCAUCAUUUUCCCCUCUAUUGAAGCUGGAACUGCCAGAAAAACCAAUUCAAGAGCUGAUUAAAACUACUGGGAAACAAGUCCCAGAAAGAUAUAUUUACAAGCUUCCAAACAAAGCAGCUGAUCAUUCUGUAAUUAAAUAUAUGGACAGUCCCAUAAUUGAUUUCCAACUUCUUUCAGCCUCAUCAUUGCAGGGACACGAAAAAGAACUGCGAAAACUUCGAUCCACUCUCAGUUCCUGGGGAUGUUUUCAGCUUACCAAUCAUGGUUUGACAAGCUCGUUACUUUACCAAAUCCGAGAAGUUCAGAAGGAGUUCUUUGCUCUGCCUCUAGAAGUGAAACAGAAGCAUUUCAGAACUGUACACUGGAUCGAGGGAUAUGGAAACGAUACAGUUUCUGAGAAUCAGAGUUAUAACUGGAAUGACAGAUUGCAUCUCAAAGUUUAUCCUGUUGAUCAACGAAACUUCAAGUUUUGGCCGGAAGAUAUACCAAACUUCAGGGAAACAUUAGACAAGUACACCAAGGAAGUGAGGCGGGUGCUCGAAAUCAUCCUAAAAGCAAUCGCAAAGUCACUCAAUUUAAAAGAAGACAGGUUUUUCAGAGAGUGUGAAGGAGAGCAGGGUAUAUAUAUGCUAGCAAGAUUCAACUUUUAUCCUCCAUGUUCAUCCUCAGAUCACGUUUUGGGCCUCAAACCACAUUCUGAUGCUUCAUCAGUUACCAUUCUCUUACAAGAUAAAGAGGUUGAAGGUCUUCAAGUCCAGAAAGAUAACCAGUGGUUUAAAGUUCCCAUUAUUCCUGAUACCCUUUUCAUCAAUAUUGGAGACCAGCUGGAGAUAAUGAGUAAUGGUAUAUUGAAGAGUGUAAUUCACAAGGUGGUGGUUGAUAAGGAAAGAGAAAGGUCAUCUGUGGCUAUUGUAUGUUCUCCACAUGCAGAGAAAGAGAUAGGGCCAUUAAGUGAGCUCAUUGACAAGGAGAGACCACAGCUAUACAAGACGGUCAAGAAUUAUGUUAAUAUGUAUCUCCAAUAUUCUCCGACAGGAGAAAGAGCCAUCACUGCAAUGAAACUUUAAGGACAGCAGACUCUGAGUCGGAGAUCAUCAUGCAUUACUGAAUAAUGGACAGCAGAGCAGACUCUAGGUCGGAGAUCAUCAUCACAGUGUUGUGUAUGUUUGGAUCUCCCUAAACCUUUGAUGAAUACAAUACUGAUUACUGAAUAAUUGUUGUACUCUAAGUUGCAUUUCAGUGCUAAGGUUCUUAUUAGUAGCUUCUGCGGAGUAUUUGUUCGGUUAAUAUCAAGUCAUAUAUAUACAGCCUUUAGUUUUCUUUA